CAGGUCCUGGAGCCCCGGGCGGGCUCUCCCCAGAGUCGGGCAGACGGCGGCAGCGGCGGCAGCGGGAGCGGCGGUGUCUCCACACCUUCCCUCCUUCCCCUCCCUUCCCUACCGGGCCUGGCCUCCCAGCCCGACGAGUGAGAGCGAGCCAGGUGAGCGGGAGCCAGAUAUGGCCCUAACAGUGGAUGUGGUGGGGCCAGGGCCCUGGGGCUUCCGGAUCACUGGGGGCAGGGAUUUCCACACGCCUAUCAUGGUGACCAAGGUAACUGAGAGGAGCAAGGCUGAGGCUGCUGACCUCCGGCCUGGAGACAUUAUUGUGGCCAUCAACGGGGAGAGUGCUGAGGGUAUGCUUCAUGCUGAGGCCCAGAGCAAGAUCCGCCAGAGCCCCUCACCCCUGAGGCUGCAGCUAGACCGGUCUCGGGCUGCUUCCCCCCAGCAGACCAAUGGGGAAAGCUCUGUGGAAGGGCUGGCGACUCGCUUCCAGGGCUCCGUGAGGACGCACACUGACAGCCAGUCCUCCCUGAGGUCUUCCUGCUCCAGCCCAGUCUUUUCCAGCCCCCAGCCCGGCAGCCCGUUCUCUGCCUUGCCCCCCACCAGCCCGCAGGCCCUCCCUGGAGAGACUGUUGUCAGCCGCAGUUUCCAGAGCCUGGCACAUUCCCCGGGAUUGGCUGCUGCUGCUGACCGCUUUUCCUACGGGGGCCGCCCCAGAAGUCGACCGGCCAGCCUCACCCGCGCCACGGCUGGUGACUCGGCUGUGCUGGUGCUGCCGCCUUCCCCGGGUCCCCACUCCUCCAGUCCCAGACUCAGUGUGGACUCAGAGGGGGGAAGCCGCCUUCUGGAGGAGGAUUCAGAAGUCUACAAGAUGCUGCAGGAAAAUCGUGAGGGGCGGGUGGCCCCCCGACAGUCCAGCUCCUUUCGGCUCUUGCAGGAGGCUCUGGAGGCUGAAGAGAGAGGUGGCACACCUGCCUUCCUGCCCAGCUCGCUGAGCCCCCAGUCCUCCCUGCCCACCUCCAGGGCCCUGGCCACCCUGCCCAAGCUCCACACGUGUGAGAAGUGCAGCACCAGCAUUGUGAACCAGGCUGUGCGCAUCCAGGAGGGGCGGUACCGCCACCCAGGCUGCUACACCUGUGCGGACUGUGGGCUGAACCUGAAGAUGCGUGGGCACUUUUGGGUCGGAGACGAGCUGUACUGCGAGAAGCAUGCCCGUCAGCGCUACUCCUCGCCCCCCGCCCUCAGCUCCCACGCCUGAGUACCCGGCUAGGUUCUCAACCUGCCCUAGACCACGUAGGCACCUGUGCACCAGGACCAUGCCAAUAGCAAGUUGGCAUGGAAGGGUGGUGGUUGGUGGUGGGGCCCCUGCCUCCAGGCUGGGUGAGGCUAGAGCCUGGGACCUGUGAUGGGCUGUGGAUGAGGACAGCUUCACCAUCCCAGGCCUCUGCUAGAUACUCACUUUCUCCUGUAGAACAGGCUGUGCACCAAAGUGUGAGGUGGGCACUGCAUUGGAUAUCUUUGUGCAACAGGGAUUAAGCAGGUUGGGAUAUAGAGAUAAAUAUGUAGAAAGAGAGG